AAAAAUAAACCAACAAAAACAAAGAAAAACAAACAAACAAAAAAUAACACAACAAAACAAAAGCUUAAGAAGAAAAAAACUUUAGAACUUUAUUUAAAAUAAAAAAAAAAGAAACAGCAAGAAAAGAAAUCUGCCAACCAAAAUACGAUAAUAGGAUAAUACAAAAAAAAUCAGUUUUGAGACGACCCCCCACCGCACGGUUUCCCGCGGAAAUGUACCGGAAGUUCGAAAGUUUCGACAACCUCAAACAUUUACUGCCUGCAACAGCCUGACAGAGUUUAAUAGAUAUUCUAUUGAGAUGGUGAAGACUUCUAAUAAGACGCAUAUGUUUCUACAGGAAGAUGCUAACAAGUUACUGCAUAAUAAAUUCAUUGUUAUCAUUGGAGAUUCAAUUCAGAGAGGUAUUUAUAAGGACCUGGUAUUAUUGCUACAGAAAAACAAGUACUUGAGGGAAACAGAUUUAAGGAAGAAGGGAGAAUUUUCCUUCAUUGGUGACCAAUUAAUUGAGGGUGGACAGAAAGGUGUGAUGACAAAUGGGAAGAACUACAGAGAGAUCAGACAAUACCAGACAGAUUAUAACCUGAUUAGAUUCUACUUUGUCACACGCUGUUACAACACCUAUAUUGAAUCCAUCCUUUCAGAUCUGACAGAAGACCCAAAACCUGAUGUUGUCAUUAUGAACUCUUGUCUAUGGGAUAUCACAAGAUAUGGCAAAGCGAGUGUUGAAAUGUACAAGGAAAACUUAGAUAAACUAUAUCAGAGAUUCAAAGAAUGUCUUCCAGAAGAAUGUUUAGUAUUAUGGAAUGCAACUUUACCUAUUAGUAAAGAUGCAAAAGGUGGCUUCAUAGUUCCAGAGAUUGAAUUUAUGAACUCAACAUUAAGACUGGACAUUUUAGAGGCUAACUUUUAUGCUCGACAGAUAAUAUCUUCUAAUGGAUAUGACUUUUUAGAUCUUCAUUACUAUCUUCGUGGUCAGCUUCAACGCAGAGUUGGUGAUGGUAUUCACUGGGACAUGACAGCUCAUCGUAGAAUCACAAAUCUCAUCCUGACUCAUUUAGCAGAAGCAUGGGGAGAGGAUGCACCAGGAUCUGUUGAGAGAAUGUUACCCCCUCCUGCAAACAGAUUUAACCAUUCCAUUGUAGAUAAUCUCAGCAGACGACCACCUGUUGCUGCUGUUUCCCCAAUAAACUUUGGUGUAGCUAGGACAUUGAUCAAUGAAAGUUGUAAACAGAGACCUAUUAGUGACUAUAAUAUUACUAGAUCUGUCAACAACAUCAACACUGCCUCUGGUUACCAAUGGCAACCAUAUGCAAAUGAUGACUACCAUCCAACAAAUAAUAUGAACAGGAACCGAUCACGAUUGCGAGAUCAGCCGUACCACACUCCAUUCCAAAUACCUUCAAGUGUUCAGCAACCUUUUAUGUUUAACCAUUAAUGUUGAAAGUCGUCAAGAGAUUUGUUAUUGCUGUUAGUAUAAUUGAGUAUGUUAUAAUGCUUGGAUUUUUGAACAUCUUAGUGCUGUUUUAGAUUUUCUUAAAUUGAAAGGGAAAAGAAAAAUAAUAAGCUUGAAGUUAUUUGACCAACCCUCUUGUCCCACCACCCUAAAUAUUGGUAUUUUUGUUUAUAAGAAUUGAAAGUUAUGAUCUGAUUCAGACCUGUCCGUCGAAACUUUCAGAAUGUAACUCUGACCAUGUUAGAAAUUUAGUGACAAAACAAUGUAUUGGACUUUUUUUUGUAUAUUUUUCUAAAUUCAAAUAAAUAAAUUAGUAUAUAAAAUUUGAAAUUUGAAAUUUGAAAAGACAAAAAAAAAAAAAAAAGGAAGAGAAACAGCACAAAUUUUUUCCAAAGAUUUUGACUAUAUCUCAUAAUUUCAUUUCAGUGCAAAAAUAAUUUAAACUAAACAAUAAAAAUAUCAUCGACAAGCAAUUUCAAGUUCUUAAAUGCAGCAUGUUAUUUUCAUGACCUAACCAGUUUUAAGUUUUUAAGACUGUACUUUUUUGAAUUUCAGACGGUUGAGAAAUUUAUUUUGUAAAUAGUUAGAACUAGCUAGACUUGGAGAUUUUGUGUUGCUUUUGCAACAAAUAUAGUGCUUGACAUACUGACCCCACUUACUUAAUUUUGUAAUAAAAUUUUAUUGGGGAUACAAAAUUCCUGAUAAAUUUUAGUAGUCCCUAUUAUAUGAAAGACUUUCAUAUGGCCAAAGAUAACUCCGGGAUCCUGGACUGCAAAUUUUGUGUAGGUGCUCAUUUAAUCAUGUUUGAUAGUAGAUCUCAUUUAUGAUUUAAAAAUAUAUAAGAAUAGUUGCAACAAAAUUAUCUUUACUUGAACUAUUUAGACCAAAACAGAAAAAAAUCAAUGUGUGGAUUUGAUUGUCUGAAUUUCAUGGGUGCUAAAUGGCAUGCUGUCAUAAAAACACAACUUCAAAUUUGAUAUAAAAACUUUUUUAAAUAUUAAUUAUAGGUUGAAGUGGGUUUUUUUUUAAAUUUUUUCUCUGAAAAACUUUUUAUACAAAUUAUAAAGUAUUUUUAUGGAAUCAAUGAAAACCUUAGGUCUUCUAGUCCAAUUUGUUUUCUUCUCAGCUCUUUGCAGAUAUGAAGCCAACAUUUGCUCCAUAAAUGUAUAAUAGUAGUUACAGAUCUAGAUCAUGUGCAAGUUUCAUUUUUGUUGACUUUUGACCUUAUAGGGCCACUGGAUUUGAAUAUGUUUUCUUCUCCAUUUUCAACCUAAUUAAUAUUUACAUAUUGAGUUUAGAUUUAGGUUGUAGAUAGUAGAUUUAGAUUGUAUAAUGAUUAGUUGCAGAUUUCUAUUAAAGUAAUAAAUAGGAUUAAAUGUUGUUUCUAAAUAUAAACCCAACAUUCUGAAUCAUUUGUUUAAUUUGAGCAUGUUUUAAUCAUGUUUUAACUCCUGUCCAGUAUUGUUAUAGAAACUUGCACAUAACCCUUUAGGCUUUCAUUGAAAGCAUCCAUUGCAAAUGAUGGUUUCCUUAUGAAUUUGAAUUGAGUGUGUUGAUAUAAACCUUACAUGUUGUAGUUUAAUUUUUUUUUAUCUGAUGUUAUGAUGCAGUUUUGCUACUGUUUUCCUGUUAAAUUUUUAUACAUAUUUGACGAUGGUGAUUUUGUAUUAAAUUGCAAUCAAAUUAUAAAAAUAUUAUAUGACAAAAAUAUUAUAUAGGUUUUGUCCAAAAGUGUAGAUAGCUUGAAAAGAACUAAUUUCAUAACAGAGCUAACCAUUUAUUAUUAACAUUUCUAUGCAAAAUACAGAAGAAUUAAGAAGCAAAAUUGUGUAAAUGGAAGUUGAUUUUUUAUUUUUAUGUAAAUUACAAACAAGAUUAAUUAACGGAUACUGAGUACAUCUUUUGAAGGAAAUAUAAAGUUUUGGUACACCAGAAUUUGUUAAAUAGAAUUGCAGUCUACUUGGACUUGCUUUGAAAGGGGUAAAGGUGUUAAAACAUAGCCACAAAAGAAAUAUUUUUUAUAGUGUUUCUUUUCUAUUAUGUUGAAAUUGUUAACAAAUCAUAGUGUUCAUUAAGAUUUUCAUGAUUCGUAGGUAGUUCACUUAUAACACUUACUUGUAAUUUAUUUGUAUAGGUAAGUAAGUGACCAGUUUGAUCAUUGAUUGUUCAUUUCUUAUUAUGUUAUAAAUAGUUACAUUUGUACAUAUAUUUGUUUUCUUUUAUAAAGUAAACUA